UUUCACACCGUAAAGAGUGUCUCUCAAAAGGCUUCCUUCUUCUUUCCACCAGCGCCGAGAAGGAACGGCCUGCGGCUCCCGGGCGGGCAGGACCCGCGCGUCCCCUCAGCGAGCGGCGGGGCGGGAAAAGCCCUCAGCCGGGAGCGCCGCUGAGGGAGCGCCGGGGCCGCCUCAGCGCGGCUCCUCCUGCUCCAGGUAGCGCUGGAAGCACCUGCGGAGGCACGGAGAGAGCCACGGACCCUCGGGGCGACCGGAGCGCGCCGCCUCCCUCAGGCGGAGGAGCCGCCAACCCGCAGCUCUCUCCAUCCUCGCCGCCGCCGCCGCCUCCCGUCGGUACCUGCCUUUCCCUGCCCGUGCCAUUCCCCUCCUCUGCUCCCUCCUCCUGCUGUCCCCCUCAUGCAUAUGGAUGGGCGCAUGCGCCUGCCGCCCUGGGCUAGAUGAAGCGGAGCGGCGGCGGCGCUCCCAGACGGGCGGGCGGCUGCGGGGCGGUGCGUGUGCUGCAUGUGCGUGUGUGUGUGAGUGAGUGUGUGUGUGUGCGUGCGUGUGUCUCGGGGGGGCGAGGGGCUCCGCCGCAAGAAAUAAAAGGACUGGGAUAAUAAUCGCCAUAAUAAAACAAAAACAAAACAAACAAAAAAAAGAAAAAGAAAAAGGAGAGAGAGAAAAGAAAAGGGAAAGAAAAGAGGGGAGGCGAGAGAAUAAGGCGGAUAAAAGGAGGCCGGGCUGCUUUGCAUUGAAGAGCGGGGCGCUAUUGAAAGCGCUUGAAAAGCGGCGUUGUCCGGCGCGGGUGCGCCGCGGUAUAUUAGAGCGGGGCGGCGGCGGCAACAGCGGCAACAGCAACAGCAGCAGCAGCGGCGGCGGCGCCUCCUCCUCCUCGCCCUCCUCCUCCUUCUUCUCCUCCUCCUCCUCCCUCCUGGCCCUCCCCGUCCCGUCCCGACCCGGAGCGAGCGGCGGCGGCGGCGGCCCUGCAGGCGGGCGGGCGGGCAGCGCGGCGGCGGCGGCGGCGGCAUGCGUGCGCCCCGGCGGGCAGCCGCGGCGGCGUGCUCCAUCCUCACCCUGCUCCUGGCGCUGCGGGCCGAGGUGACUUUAGCGUCGGGACAGUUUGAGUUGGAGAUCUUAUCCAUGCAAAAUGUGAAUGGUGAACUGCAAAAUGGAAAUUGCUGCGAUGGCACCCGAAACCCAGGAGAUAAAAAAUGCACCAGAGACGAGUGUGACACCUAUUUUAAAGUUUGCCUGAAGGAGUAUCAAUCGCGGGUCACUGCUGGCGGUCCUUGCAGCUUCGGAUCCAAAUCCACUCCUGUCAUCGGAGGAAAUACCUUCAAUUUAAAGUACAGCCGGAAUAAUGAAAAGAACCGGAUCGUUAUCCCUUUCAGCUUCGCCUGGCCGAGAUCCUACACAUUGCUUGUUGAGGCAUGGGAUUACAAUGAUAACUCCACAAACCCCGAUCGCAUUAUCGAGAAGGCUUCCCACUCUGGCAUGAUCAAUCCCAGCCGCCAGUGGCAGACUUUGAAACACAACGCAGGAGUUGCCCACUUUGAGUACCAAAUCCGUGUGACGUGUGCAGAACAUUACUAUGGCUUCGGCUGCAACAAGUUCUGUCGACCGAGAGACGACUUCUUCACUCACCACACCUGUGACCAGAACGGCAACAAGACCUGCUUGGAAGGCUGGAUGGGACCAGAGUGCAACAAAGCUAUUUGUCGUCAGGGAUGUAGCCCCAAGCAUGGUUCUUGCACAAUUCCAGGAGAGUGCAGGUGUCAGUAUGGAUGGCAAGGCCAGUACUGUGAUAAGUGCAUUCCACACCCGGGAUGUGUCCAUGGCACUUGCAUUGAACCAUGGCAGUGCCUCUGUGAAACCAACUGGGGUGGUCAGCUCUGUGACAAAGAUCUGAACUACUGUGGAACCCACCCACCCUGCUUGAAUGGUGGUACCUGCAGCAACACUGGCCCUGACAAAUACCAAUGUUCCUGCCCUGAGGGCUACUCAGGACAGAACUGUGAAAUUGCGGAGCACGCCUGCCUCUCCGACCCUUGUCACAACGGGGGAAGCUGCCUUGAGACAUCCACGGGAUUUGAAUGUGUGUGCGCUCCUGGCUGGGCUGGACCAACUUGCACUGACAAUAUUGAUGAUUGUUCUCCAAAUCCCUGUGGUCAUGGAGGAACUUGCCAAGAUCUAGUUGAUGGAUUUAAGUGUAUUUGCCCACCUCAGUGGACUGGCAAAACUUGCCAGCUAGAUGCAAAUGAAUGUGAGGGCAAGCCCUGUGUCAAUGCCAACUCCUGCAGGAACCUGAUUGGCAGCUACUACUGUGACUGCAUUACUGGCUGGUCUGGCCACAACUGUGAUAUAAAUAUUAACGACUGUCGUGGACAAUGUCAGAAUGGAGGAUCCUGUCGGGAUUUGGUUAAUGGUUAUCGGUGUAUCUGUUCACCUGGCUAUGCAGGAGAUCACUGUGAGAAAGACAUCAAUGAAUGUGCAAGUAACCCUUGCAUGAAUGGGGGUCAUUGCCAGGAUGAAAUCAAUGGAUUCCAAUGUCUGUGUCCUGCUGGUUUCUCAGGAAACCUCUGUCAGCUGGACAUAGAUUAUUGCGAGCCAAAUCCCUGCCAGAACGGCGCCCAGUGCUUCAAUCUUGCCAUGGACUAUUUCUGUAACUGCCCUGAGGAUUACGAAGGGAAGAACUGCUCCCACCUGAAGGAUCACUGCCGCACGACUCCUUGUGAAGUAAUUGACAGCUGCACCGUGGCAGUGGCUUCCAACAGCACGCCCGAAGGGGUUCGCUAUAUCUCUUCCAAUGUUUGUGGUCCUCACGGGAAGUGCAAGAGCCAAGCGGGUGGAAAAUUCACCUGUGAAUGCAACAAAGGAUUCACCGGCACCUACUGUCAUGAGAAUAUCAAUGACUGUGAAAGCAACCCCUGUAAAAAUGGUGGUACUUGCAUCGAUGGCAUCAACUCCUACAAAUGUAUUUGUAGUGAUGGAUGGGAAGGAACAUAUUGUGAAACGAAUAUUAAUGACUGCAGUAAAAACCCUUGCCACAAUGGAGGAACUUGCCGAGACUUGGUCAACGACUUCUUCUGUGAAUGUAAAAAUGGGUGGAAAGGAAAAACUUGCCACUCCCGUGACAGCCAGUGCGAUGAGGCGACGUGCAACAACGGGGGGACGUGCUAUGACGAGGGGGACACUUUCAAGUGCAUGUGUCCUGCAGGAUGGGAAGGAGCCACUUGUAACAUAGCGAGGAACAGCAGCUGCCUGCCAAACCCCUGUCACAACGGUGGUACCUGUGUAGUCAGCGGGGACUCCUUCACUUGUGUCUGCAAGGAGGGCUGGGAAGGACCCAUGUGUACCCAGAACACAAAUGACUGCAGUCCUCAUCCUUGUUACAACAGUGGCACUUGUGUGGAUGGAGAGAACUGGUACCGCUGUGAGUGUGCUCCAGGCUUCGCCGGGCCCGACUGCAGGAUCAAUAUCAACGAAUGCCAGUCCUCGCCCUGUGCCUUCGGAGCCACAUGCAUUGAUGAAAUUAACGGGUACCGUUGCAUUUGCCCCCCGGGUCGCAGUGGUCCAGGCUGCCAAGAAGUUACAGGAAGGCCUUGCAUUACCAGUGUUCGAGUAAUGCCAGAUGGGACUAAGUGGGAUGAUGACUGCAAUACCUGUCAGUGUCUGAAUGGAAAAGUCACCUGUUCUAAGGUUUGGUGUGGCCCUCGGCCUUGUGUCUUGCAUGGCAAAGGCCCCAGCGAGUGCCCCGCUGGCCACGCCUGUGUCCCUGUGCGGGACGACCACUGCUUCACCCACCCGUGUGCCGCCGUGGGGGAAUGCUGGCCUUCCAACCAGCAGCCUGUGAGGACCAAAUGCAACUCAGAUUCCUACUACCAGGACAACUGUGCCAACAUCACCUUCACCUUUAACAAAGAAAUGAUGGCCCCGGGCCUUACCACAGAGCAUGUUUGCAGUGAAUUGAGGAAUCUGAAUAUUCUGAAGAAUGUUUCUGUUGAAUAUUCCAUCUAUAUUACCUGUGAGCCUUCCCACUUGGCAAAUAAUGAAAUCCAUGUUGCUAUUUCUGCAGAAGACAUCGGGGAAGAUGAAAACCCGAUCAAAGACAUCACAGACAAGAUCAUUGACCUCGUCAGUAAGCGCGACGGGAACAACACCCUCAUUGCUGCUGUUGCUGAAGUCAGGGUGCAGCGGCGCCCGGCCAAGAACAAAACAGAUUUCCUGGUGCCCUUGCUGAGCUCGGUCCUGACAGUAGCCUGGAUCUGUUGCCUGGUCACCGUGUUUUACUGGUGCAUCCGAAAGCGCCGAAAGCAGAGCAGCCACACCCACACGGCCUCUGACGACAACACCACCAACAACGUGAGGGAGCAGCUGAACCAGAUCAAAAACCCCAUUGAGAAACACGGAGCAAAUACUGUCCCCAUUAAAGACUACGAAAACAAAAACUCUAAAAUCGCCAAAAUAAGGACACACAACUCCGAGGUGGAGGAGGACGACAUGGACAAGCACCAGCAGAAGGCCCGAUUUGCCAAGCAGCCAGCCUACACUUUGGUAGACAGAGAUGAAAAGCCCCCCAACAGCACCCCUACAAAACACCCAAACUGGACAAAUAAACAGGACAACAGAGACUUGGAAAGUGCACAAAGCCUAAAUCGGAUGGAGUACAUCGUAUAGCAGACAGUGGGGUGCUGCCAUGCAGGGCCUUUGAGUAUCAUUAUAAAGGCACUCAAGAGCUUGUAGUUCUUAAACUGUUGUGUAAUAUUUGAGUCUAAGGCUAUUAUUUACUUAGAAUCCCUGUGUUAAUUUAAGUUUGGACAAGCUGGCUUACACUGGCAAUGAUAGUUGCUGUGGUUGGCUGGAAUACCAAGUGCUGCAUUUCACAUCUAUGCAAAACUAGUCAAAAGUGCCCUCCUGUAAAUUCAGCUGCAGCUGAUCCAUCACGGAAACGUUCCAUAAGGUAUUACAUAGCCUUAUUACUCUUCCUUAGUGUUCAUUUUUUUUUCCUGCCAGAUGUUCCGAUUUAUGCAGUUUCUUUAGAAUAAUACAUUUUAUUUAUAUUUAUUGAAUUUGAGUUUUUUGUAUAUUGGUUUUAUGGUGACGUACAACUAGUUCUGUAUUUGAAAGUGCCUUUGCAGCUAGGAACCACAGCAACUAUCAGAAAUAAGUUUAUUAUUUAUUUUUUUAUUGUAUUUUUGUUGGGGGCGGGUGGGGGGAACUUGUCAGCAGUUGCUGGUAAAUGAAGAAUUUAAAGAGGAAAAUGUGUCAAAAAUAGAAGUUUGUAUAGAUAUGUAAAUAAUUCUUUUUUUAUUAAUCACUGUGUAUAUUUGAUUUAUUAACUUAAUAAUCAAGAGCCUUAAAAUAUCAUUCCUUUUUAUUUAUAUGUAUGUGUUUAGAGUUGAAGGUUUUUGAUAGCAUUGUAAGCUCGUGGCUUCUCUAUUUUGAAUUUUUCUUGUUACAUGUUGCCUAUAUGCCAAAACUAAGGUGUUCUAAAAUAGUUUAUUUUUAAUAGGAUGGGCUUUCUUGCCUUGACGCUGGUUUUUGUACAAUGUCAAACGUUUGAAACACCUUCCAUAGUAUCACUUUAAGACUAUUUGUAAGUACUGACUGAGGCAGUUUAGAGAAUUAGACUAGAAAAUUUUUUUUGCUGCUUUAGACUUGAAAACCGAGUGACAGGCAGAUAAUCUGCUAAGAAGCAGUUUAAGGGAACAAAACUGAGCUAUUACUUUAUGUAGAUGAAAUGUGAGUGGUUGCAUGUAAUUAAAAAUAUCAAAUUAGCGUGUGAAGUUGG